GUUCAGUGAACAAAAUUGGAUAUGUCCGGUUUUUUUAUAACACUGGAACGAUUCAGACAAGGAAGGAUGAUUACAUUCUCCUUUACUUUCUACUACUACGGUUGUGUUCAUUUGUUGGCGAUUGAGACUCACUUGCUGAGCUAAUAUAGCUUUCUCGAUUUUCUAAAUCUGAUUCACCUUUUGAUCUCACAAAGUCAUUUGCUUUGUGACUAUCCAAAAGAUGACAACAAUCCAAACUGGUCCUUCUACUCUCAAGCAGCCAGCAUUGUUUAAAAGGUGGGGAAGGAGACACCCUUUUGUACGAUACGGACUUCCCAUGAUCUCUCUCACUGUUUUCGGAGCCCUUGGACUCGGCCAACUCCUCCAAGGCAGUAAUGAUAUCGCAAAGGUGAAAGACGUCCAGGAAUGGGAGAUUAUCGAGACGAGAAAGGCUCUUUCUAGAACUGGACCUGUCGAUGCUUAUCAACCUAAAAACACUUCCAUCCAAGACGAGCUCAAGGCUAUGCAAGGGAAGGUGGACAUAAACACGUACGAGUACAAGAAAAUUCCAAAACUAUAAACCAAGUCAAAUCCAGUUAAUGUCUAACUCUUUUAAAGAGUGUAAUUUCAUGUAUCAGAGUUUUCUUCUUCUUCUUGGAUGUCUUUCUGUGUUAGCUGCUACAAACUCGCCAACGACUAAUUAAUACUUGUUUCAUCUAAAUGUAUUAAUUAGUUGUUCUUGGCUUCUUGUGACCCCUUUUCUCUCUGUAUAUAGAAACACAAACUAGCUUUCUUUAAAGCC